AUGGCGAACAUAGAUGCAGGCAUUAAUAAAACUUUGUUUGAACAAAUUAAAAAGGCCACUGAAAAAAUGAAAACGGAACACAAACUGUGUAUCAUACUAUUUGACGAAAUGUCACUAAAACCAAACGUGGCAUAUAAUGAAAGGAAAGAUAUGGUGAGUGGAUUUGUCACAAAUGGCGAGGAAAGGCAGCCUAUAUAUGCAGAUCAUGCCCAGGAGCAAAUUGUAAAAUUGACGACUGUUUCGUCUUGCACGAAGUUCUCAUCACCGGUGGCGAGGGCAGCAAAAGACACUAUAUUUGAGAACAAAUCCCAGAUAUUACACUCACACCCCUUGAAGAAAAAAAUGACCCCCGCGAAG